AUGGGAAAACAGGUUCUAAAAAAAAUUAUAAAUGAAGUUAAAUCAGCAAAAUAUUUUUCCAUUAGCGUUGACAGUACUCCCGAUCUGUCCCAUAUUGACCAACUAACUUUCAUCAUUCGAUACGUAAAAGACUGUGUUCCUGUUGAAAGGUUUUUGAAAUUUAUUCCUAUUAAAGAGCAUAAAUCUAAGUAUUUAGCGGAGACUAUCUUAAAUUUUUUAGAGAUACAUGAUAUUCCCAUAAAAGAUUGCAGAGGACAAAGCUACGACAAUGCUUCAAAUAUGUCGGGAAAGUAUAGUGGUCUACAAACAAGAAUCAAGGAAAAAUGUGAAUUUGCCACCUUUAUACCAUGUGCGGGACAUUCACUAAACUUGGUAGGUGUCCAUGCUGCUGGGUGUGUACCGGAGGCAUCACAGUUUUUUGUAGUAGUUCAGAAAGUGUACAACUUUUUUUCGGGCUCUACCCACAGAUGGAAUAUGUUAACAGAACAUUUAGGUUCGAAAAAAGUUGUUAAAAGUCUUUCACAAACCAGAUGGUCAGCCCGAGCUGAUGCAGUAAGCGCUUUGCAUGGGGGUUAUAAACGAAUAAUAGAAGCUUUAAUCAUCAUCGCAAACGAUACUGAACAGGCACGAGAAACUAGAGACGAAGCCCUUAGUCUGUCUAGAAAAAUGGGAAAUCUAGAAUUUAUUAUACUGACGGAAAUCUGGAGCUGUAUAUUGGAAAGAAUAGACAAAUCAAGUAAUUAUCUUCAGAAAAAAACAAUAACACUGGACGUUGCAACCAAUUUGUUCACUUCACUUUAUGAUUUUAUUACUAACCUCAGGGAUAAAUUUGAUAACUUCGAAUCAUCUGCCAAAGAAAAGAACCCAGAAUCUGACUACAAGGAUCUAUCUCAAAGAACAAGACGUAGAAGCUCUCGGCAGAGUUUUUUUGACGGCUCUGCGCCAUCAGUCCAAUUGAAUGGAAAAGAGCGAUUCAACGUAGAAACCUUUCUCCCAAUAAUCGAUACCUUGAGUGUUCAUCUAAAACAGCGACUAAGUUCAUAUGAGACCGUUAGUCAACGUUUUAGUUUAUUUUUUCAGUUAAAAACUCUGAAUUCCGAAGAGAUACGACAAGGAUGCAAAGAAUUUACUGAAAUCUAUCACGAAGAUGUAAAUGAAAAAGAGUUAGAAAUAGAAUGUCAACAUUUAAAAGAAUACUUAAAAAAAGUUCAGAGUGAAAAUGAAGCACCUAACAGUGUACAGGAAGUAUAUAAUCUAUUAAAGCAAAACAAAAUUGAAGACACAUUUCCUAACGUAGAAAUUGCAUUGAGAAUAUUUUUAAGCAUGAUGAUAACUAACUGCAGCGGAGAACGCUCCUUCUCCAAAUUGAAACGAAUAAAAAAUGAAUUAAGAAGUACAAUGCUUCAAGAGAGAUUAACUAGUUUGUCGCUGAUGUCCAUAGAAUGUGAUAUUCUCAAUACCAUAGAUUUUGAAGAAGUGAUUAACGAUUUUGCUCAUCUUAAAUCUAGAAGGGUACCUUUGCAAUCAACAUAG